UAUGAAGACAUAAUUAAUUUGAGGCGCUCCCUGCUGAGAAGUGGAUGGGGCUGGUGGGGAAUAAUGCCAAUCCAGAAAUCAUUCUGCCUGGGGAUUACUGUCCCAAACAGAGAAGUCAGAAAUAACUCAAGAGGAAGUGAGACUAUGUGGUGGGUUUCUUUGUAGUUUAUGAACAUUUCACUCAGGGAUUGUCCCCAAAAGUUGUAUCUAAAUUUCCCAACUGGCCUGGGAAACCUGGCUUGCGUGGGCAGGCCGGAAGCCGCACGCCUCACCGUGCUGGGCCACCAGGGGGCGCCAGGCAAGCGGCGACCAGAGCAGCGCGAUGGCCGCCGCAAGGUUGCUGCUGCGCCUGGCCGGGCGUCUGGAGUCGGUGAGCUUCACACAGAGUGUGUGUGGCCUCCUGGGCGCCGGGCAGGGGCCCGGGCCGUGGUACACGCAUUGCAGCUUGGAGCGGGGACAGCUUGUCCUCUCCAGCAAUUCAUUCCCCGGCGCCUCCGAGAGGCUUCCGAUCCAGAGACCUCCUUUCUGCCCUUUUGCGGCUCUGGACCAGCAGCCUGGGGUCUCCAGGACCGAGCUGCUCACAGAUAGAGGUGUGGAUCUGGGUGUGGCAGUCAUUCUCCAGUCCAGUGACCAGACGGUCUUGUUGACCCGAAGGACAUGCACUCUCCGCAUUUCCCCCAACGUCUGGGUCCCUCCAGGUGGGCACAUGGAGCUGGAUGAGGAGAUCCUGGAGUGCGGGCUUCGAGAGCUGAGGGAAGAGUCUGGACUACAGCUGCCCCAGAAGCAGUUCUCUUGUGUCCUCCUGGGGUUAUGGGAGUCUGCCUACCCUCCUAGGCUGAGCUGGGGUUUCCCCAAAUACCAUCACCUCAUUUUCUAUGUACUCGUCAUGUCCCAGGAGUCACAGCAGCAGCUCCAGGCCCGGAUCCAAGUAAACCCAAAUGAGGUGAGUGCCUUUAUGUGGCUGGGACCAGACGUAGCCAAGGCUGUGGCUGCCACAGAGGACGGGACGGAGACACCCAGACGCCUUUCCCAGGACCUACCACCCUCUCUCAGCGCAACCGAGCUGAAGGACAAUGGAGGAACCAGGCCUCUGGUCCUGCCCGUGUCCACACUCAUGCGGACAACUCCCAACACAGAAGAGAACAAAGAAAGGGUCAGUGCUGGAACCAAGUUUGCCCUCAGGCUCUGGCUGCAGCAUCUGGGCAGAUGAAGGUAAAAGUGAAGUUCACGUGGACUCCGGACAGGCAAAGGAAGGAUGGUGGCCUGUGAGAAAGCGUGGCAGAGACGUGAGCGCAAUACCUAUGAUCUCCCUCGCAAAGCUGUCCUCUGGUCUCCACAUGCAAAAGCACGGCACCGAUGCCCACAUGCACAGUAAUAAACACUUUUAAAUGUUUUUAAGUGUGAUGGUAGAGCACAGAUCCUCUUCCCCACAAACAG